AUGUCUCAUAUCAAGAACUAUGUUUGCUCCCAGUCUAACUGCGACGAGACUUUUAUCAAGUACGUGGACCUCAAGAAGCAUGAGGCUAAACAUUCCGCCAACGCUCACUACUGCCCCUUUCCCGGGUGUGAUUUCGCGACAUUGACAACAACGAGCUUGAACAUCCAUUACGCUAAGCACACUGGCGAGCAGCGCUAUGUUUGUCCCGACUGUCCCUUCAGGACGCAUGACCCAUCUGCCCUGACGCGCCAUCGCCAAUCAAAGCACGGAUAUGUCGCUGGUCCGCGCUUCGGCGUUCGGCAUCCUGCUGUUACCCCCUCCGCGUCGUCGUCAUCCCAGCCCUCUGCUCCAUCUCCAUCCUACCAAUACCAAUACCACGCAAACAUCCAAAACCCAUCGUACAGCGUCUUCUAUGACCCGGGGGAUACUUCGGAGGACUACACCAUGUUCACGGAGCCUGCGAGGACGGCCGAUGGUUGGACUGAGGGCUGCAUGUGCCCUGAAUUGAUGGAAAGACGUCCUUCGGAGCUGCUGGGUUAUGUAUACAGGCCUUAUUAG